GGGAGAGAACAACUCCUCCCCAGCUUUGGAUCCUCCGCUGAACUUCCUCAAAAGUCCACUAAUAAAAACUCACACACUGACCUAGUUCGGCAGCAGAAGAAGACGGCAGCCAGACUUUGAGGAACGUCUCCAGACUCCAAAAGACUUUAAGGAUGUUGUCGUGUCUGUGCAUGUUGCUGCUGCUGGCCUCUGCAGCGCUGAGUCACCUGGAUGAAGCCACGCUGGACGCUCACUGGGAGCAGUGGAAGAUCACACACAAGAGAGAAUACAACGGCCUGGACGAGGAGGGAAUCCGCAGAGCCAUCUGGGAGAAGAACAUGCGUAUGAUCCAAGCCCACAAUGAGGAGGCAGCACUGGGCAUCCACUCCUAUGAGAUGGGCAUGAACCACCUGGGAGACAUGACAUCAGAAGAAGUAGUGGAGAAGAUGACGGGUCUGCAGGUCCCACUGAACCGUGACUACACCUUCACCUUGGCUCUGGACGACAGAGUGUCCAAACUUCCCAAAACUAUCGACUACCGCAAGAAGGGAAUGGUGACAUCAGUGAAGAACCAGGGCUCCUGUGGCUCAUGCUGGGCUUUCAGCUCAGCCGGGGCCCUCGAGGGCCAGUUGGCCAAACAGAGCGGUCAGCUGCUGGACCUCAGUCCCCAGAACCUGGUGGACUGUGUCAAAGAAAAUGACGGCUGUGGAGGAGGAUACAUGACCAACGCCUUUAGGUACAUCCAGGAAAACGGAGGCAUCGACUCGUGGGAGGCAUAUCCCUAUGUGGGAGAGGUGAGACCCUGCCGCUACAACUCCAGUGGCAUGGCAGCCCAGUGCAAAGGCUACAAGGAGAUCCCAAUGGGUGAUGAACACGCUCUGGCUGUGGCUCUGUUUAAAGUGGGUCCAGUGUCUGUGGGCAUCGACGCCUCACAGAGCAGCUUCCAGUUCUACCAGAGAGGUGUUUACUACGACCGCAACUGCAACAAAGACGACAUCAAUCACGCCGUGCUGGCGGUCGGCUACGGAGUGAACUCCAAAGGAAAGAAAUACUGGAUCAUCAAAAACAGCUGGAGCGAGACCUGGGGCAACCAGGGCUACAUCAUGAUGGCUCGUAACCGCAACAACCUCUGUGGCAUCGCCAACCUCGCCAGCUACCCCAUCAUGUGAGAGGGAGGAGUCCUGGGCUCGGAGCACAUCAAGAGGGUUCAGACGGGCUUUGCUUGGACAACUACUUAUGAGAGGAGUUUUCUUCCAAAUUUCAGUAACCAGCCUUACUGUAAUUUGGAGUCAGUGUCUUGUGUUACAAAAUAAUACACAUAUUUUCUUUUAGUUUACACUUUGAGCUACUUGAAGCACUUUUCUUGGAGCCCUGAAGGCCUUCCAGGCUUAUCUUCAAAACAGCAGACGAGCACGAAGACAUAAACACCUCCAGGGCAUUUUGUUAGCAACGAGAAGAAAAUUCUGAAUUUGAAUCUCCACUCUCUCUCUGUCCAGGCGCUAACAGUGUUUCACAGUGUGAGACUGAAUCAUCUCAGUCUCUGCGCUUAAUUAUAGUUUUUGAGAUUUAAAUCCAGUAUGACAGUAAACAUUGCUGGGCAAUGGUACAUUCUGUUUUCCUCUUCACACUGUUUUUUGUUUUUUUAAAUUCUACCUGUUUUCUCUUAAUCAAGUUGAACCAUUGUUUAAUUGUUGUUGUUUUUUUUAGUUCGGUUGUGUUUUGUUUUGUUUUUGCACAUUCCCGAUGAUCAAACUAUAAACUACUGUUUUCUAUGGAAUUUAAUAAAGGUUUCAUUUUAAAACAU